GGCUGUUCUGAAGGGUCACAUCAGACUGAAGAGGUUUUUCACUGAAGAAGAAGCAGGAACCUGAGAAACUGACAAGGAUGAUCAGAAAGUACUGAGCCAGAAGAAUGGAGAUCAAUUCUCUGAUGGUUCUGCUCUGUUUUCUGGCAGGGGUUUCAGACGUGGACUCGUAUGAUCUGAGUCGAACAGGGAAGGAGGGGGAAGAUAUCACAAUUACAUGUUCUCACUCCAAUGCUUACAGCAACACAAAGUUUUUUUGCACAAAAGAUUGUUCCCUCAAAGGUUCUCUAAUGACCAGCGAAGGUCCAAACACAGCCAAGUAUCACAUAAUUGACAUAGGGAAUGAUUUUGAUGUGACCAUUUAUAACCUGGAGAUGAACGACUCAGGAUCAUACAGGUGUGGAAUAGACAGAGUUGGUCCAGACACAUAUACUAGAGUUCACCUCACCGUUGUUGAAAAGCCAAGGGAGGAGAAGAAAGAACCAGAUGAGAAGAAGAAUAGCAGUGCAACCAUGAAGAAUGAAACUGCAGCGAAGAGGAAUGAGACUGUAAAUGAGGACAGUGAAACUGUUGAGGUGAAGAACAAAACUGAGGAGGAGAGGAGCGUUACUGACACAACAGUUGAAAUAACAAAACCACCUCCAUCCUCAGGUAUGUGCACGCAAGUGUUUUACUAUAAUGUCAGUAAUAAAUUUCCAAAACAUUGUCUUUUUUACAAAUAUUUUUCAACAAGUAAUGGUCCAUGAAAAUAUUCCUGAAUAUCCAUGAAAAAUAUCAGAAGCAAUGAACGUCCCACCUGGUGAACUUCUGUCUACUUGGCCAUCGUGAUGCUGUUGUAGUAACUCUAGCUGGUCGCCAGGUGGCAGUAUAUUAUAAGCGAUGUCACAGAAGAACAGCGCACCAGAGCAGGAACUCUGCUCAUGUCGACAGUGAUGGAUGGAGCACGUGGAACAGGCAGUGUUGGACAAGUUACUUUAAAUUAGUGACUAGUUACAGUUACUAGCUGCUUCUUUCGAAAGUAAGCCAGGCACUUUAAGUUACUCGUUCCAAUCUGACCAUCUACCUGGGAAAGUCAAUCAUUAUUAUUAUUAUGAUUAUUAUUAUUAUUAUUAUUAUUACAAAUAUCUACUUAUCUCCUUGUGGGAACAAAUGGCGAAAAAGAAAGCAACCAUCAAGACUUAAUAUAAACGUUUCUGUCUUUGUUCAUAGAUGGUUAGUUCUGCAAUAAGAUUUCAUCUCAGCAGUGAUAUCAACUAACUACCACUCCCAAAUUGGAAUAAUUUGUUCCUUAUUUACUGAAACCUUCAUCCUUCUAUAUUGAGCAACAAAAAAAAGACCUCCUUUGUGGAGCUGAAAAGUAGCUUGCUCUGGACAAACGUGUGAAUUUUACAUUUUUAAUUUUGUCUCAGUGUAUUCCCUAAAGGCACUAACAUUAUGUGUGGGAGAAAGAUUUCUGCAAUAAAUAAAUUAAAAGGGGGAAAAAAAGACAACAACACAUGUGUAUAUGAAAUUAUUAGCCGUGGUCAGUGGGUGUGUCCAGCACCAGGCAAAGUGCUGCUGACCCGCUGAACUUGUGCCUGGCUCCCACGGCAUGGUGGGAUACCGAGAACUUGCUGAUGGACUGAACUGCUGAUGGAAUAUGUCAGUUCUGCUGUUUCAAAACAUUCAUCAGUCAGUGUUGGUGACUGUGGAUUAAACCAUCUUCACAGUUCCAGACGUCUCUGUCUUUAUUUUGGGAUUAUUAAUGUGAAGUGCAUGUACAAAAAAAAGAUCAAUAAUGGUUCUAAAUGUGAAAGCAAAACAUUGUUGUGGAUGGUAUGGAAUGCAUGUUAUCAUUUUAUCUUAUUUUACUGAAACUUUGAAUUUGCCAUAGUGGUUUGAUUUCGUCCUGACAAGAAAUAUAUUAUUUAUUUAAAAAUAUCUAUCUGUAAUAGUAUCAUGCAAAUAAUUAAUGUAUAUGUAAUUAAUUAAUGUAAUUAUUAUCUUUUUUUAAUUUCACCUAAAAUAGCUGUGAGAACCCUUCAACUUGAGGAACGUUUUUCAAUGUAUAUUUUUUAUUAUUAUAUCGUGAAAAAACUGACUCAUGGUUUGGACAUGUACAGAGGAGAGAGAGCCAGUACACUGGUAGGAAGAUGUUGAGGUUGGAACUGCCAGGCAGAAGGUGGAGAGGAAGGCCAAAGAGGAGGUUUAUGGAGGUGGUGAAGGAGGACAUGAGGUUUGUAGGUUUGAGAGAAGAGGAAGCAGAGGACAGGGAGAGAUGGAGGAGGAUGAUCUGCUGUGGCCACCACUGAAGGCAGAAGUCAAAAGAAGAAGAAGAAAAAGACUGACACAUAUUAAAAAAAAAAGCUUCAUAAAGUUUUAUUUUAAGAGAUUCUACCUAGAAGGUCACAAUAAAGUUGUUUGGUGCAUACUACAAACAACGUUCCUCAGUAGUGGCUUAUAGGAGAACAAGUCAUUGCUCAUAGAUUUAAACUUAAAUCUCACUUUAACCCCGCCCCCCAUGAUGGCUCUGUCUCAUGCACUGAAGUGUACUAACAAUAAAACAGUAACAACACAUUCCUGUACAACAAUCCAACUGAACCUGUUGCUUGUUGCUGAAUCACUAAAAUGGAUCCACGGUGCAAUGAGUCAGCUGAUCAGAAGUUGAAAUUGUUGAACAUCAGGGCUGCGUCUUGCUCAUGUGAGUCAGAAAUAUCACACCAUCUCCUCACAGGAAGUAAGUGUGUGUAACAUAGGAAGUUGUUCGCCAAAAAAGGAAGCCGGAUCCUGAGAAACUGGCAACGAUGCUCAGAAAGCACUGAGACAGAAGAAUGGAGAUCAAUUCUCUGGUGGUUCUGCUCUGUUUCCUGGCAGGGGUUUCAGACGUGGACACGUAUGAUCUGACACUAACAGUGAAGGAGGGGGAUAAUAUCACAAUUACAUGUUCUCACUCAAAUGCUUACAGCAACACAAAGUAUUUCUGCAGAGAAGCAUGUGACUACGAAGAUAUCCUCAUAACCAGCAAAGGUCCAAACACAGCCAAGUAUCGCAUAAUUGAUAGAGGCAAUGAUUUUGAUGUGACCAUUUAUAACCUGGAGGAGAAAGACUCAGGAUUGUACUGGUGUGGAAUAGACAGAGUUGGCCGGGACACAUAUAAUAGAGUGGACCUCACCGUUAAAAAGCCUCAAGAGAAGAAAGAAAAUGAAGACAAAAAGAACGCAAUUACGCCAGAGACGAAAAUAACUGGAGAGAACAAUAAAACUGUUGAGGUGAAGGGGAACGUUACUGAUGCGCCAGAUGUAGUACCAGAACCACCUCCAUCCUCAGAAACUGUGGUGUACAUCGGACUCGGUAUUUGCUGUGGGGUUCUGGUUCUGGUCCUUCUCUUGUUCUGCCUCCAACGAAGGCGAUGCCUGGGAGCAUCCUCUGCUGAAAAACCAGAGCGUCGCUCCACCAACUCUCCAGAUCCAGCAGCUGUCAUUUACUCUGACGUCACUGUGAACAGAGCCUUCCAGGUUCCUGCAGACGCCGCGCUCUACUGCAACAUGCCCUCCAGCCAACCCAGGAGCAUGGAAGUGCCUCCAUCUAAGGAGGUCACCUAUUCUGCCAUCAGAGGAGCUCAUGCUGAUCCAGUCUGACUUCCCUUCUCUGUUGCUCACUGUAGCGCUGCAUUCACAUCUGACUCCAUGUUGCAAAGUGGUUUCUUUAGUCAGAGAUCUGUCUCAGCUGAGACAUGACUCCAGUCCAUUUUAUGAGCUGUUUUUGUCCUUGAGUUUCAUAGUAUUUGACCCUGAACAUGGGUAUUUAUGGUGUAUAUAUUUUGUCUUGCAAGACGCUCUUGUCUCUGCAUCAAGAAAUUGGAAAAGCACUCUGAGAGCGCAAACCUGCACCUAUAAAUAAUCCUUUAAAAUAUUCUUGGCUCCAGAGUUUAAUCCAGGCCACACCCUAAAAUUAUAUCAUAUGUUCCUUGUCACAAAUUUCCUCACUCAAAUCUGUCUUUAACUAAAGUAUUUGGAACACAGGCAGACAGAAAAACCAACAACUUUGGAAGAACUAUGAGCUACGACUCUCCAACUGAUGAGGAGCACCUUUUGUUAUUAUCGAGGCAAACAUUUUGAUCACAGACAGAGCUUCAAAUAAACAAACAAAAUGCAUCUCAUAAAUAUGCAGUAUGAUUUAAACAAAGGACAGAGUGGUAUCUGUUAACAAAACAGAUACUUCAAAUAAAAAAUACAGACAGAUAGGACCGAUCAGACCUUUCAUUUCAUCUCAUGAAUGUUACUGCAAUGUUUUCAGUAACUACUGAGGUGCAGAAGUGGAAAGAAAUGGAGAAAUACAGCUGCGAACAGAAUACAGAAAUACAGACCGCCAUCACUUUUUGACGCAACACUGGCAAUAACUUACUUCACACUUGUGAAGCAGCAUAACCCACAACUGGACAGAAGCAGGCUUUGGACUUGGGAUAUUAAAACAUUCAAUAAAAUCCUAACUUUAAAUAUGGUGGCGUCAUAAUUUAGGUCUUGAUU